AUGGCCAUUAUUAUUGUUAACCAAACUUUCAUGCCACUUUUAUUACCAUCUUUCAUAUUUUUCAUCAUCUUAUUAUCUUCAAGAACACAAUCCAUAUCUGAUGCUGAAGCCUUAUUGAAGUUUAAGAGCUCGUUAUCGCCUUCCGAAGCUCUAAACUCCUGGAGUCCUAACACAACACCUUGCCAAGACAAAAACUCUCAUUGGAAUGGCAUUGUUUGUUUCCAAGGCAAUGUAAUUGGCCUACGUUUAAAAAAUAUGGGAUUAUCUGGUAAUAUUGAUGUUAAUGCAUUGGCUAAUCUUCCUGGACUUCGAACCCUUAGCUUUGAAGAUAACAAUUUUACUGGUCCUAUGCCUCAGUUUAAUCGUUUAGGUGCCUUAAAAGCCAUUUACUUGAGUAACAACAAGUUUAGUGGUGAAAUUUCUUCAGAUUUCUUCUCAAAAAUGGAGUCAUUGAAGAAAAUUUGGUUAGCUAACAACACAUUUUCCGGUGAGAUACCAUCCUCGUUAGCUCAACUUCGCAACCUUCUUGAGUUACACCUUGAAAACAACCAAUUCUCCGGUGUGCUUCCGCCUCUUAAACAACCUCCUUUGGUGUCCCUUGACUUGUCUAAUAACAUACUACAAGGGCAAAUUCCAAUGAGUCUUUUAAAUUUUAAGGCCUCAACUUUUGUAGGAAACCCUAAACUUUGUGGUGAGAUCAUUGGAAAAGAUUGUACUACACCGGUUGCAAAUGAAUCACCACCAUUAUCACCACCAUCCGCGACACCCCCUCUAGGGUUGAUUGGUUUAAAAAAAGCUCAUCCACACAAUAGAAACCACUUCAAAGGGGUGUUAGCAAUUGUUUUAAGUGUAACUUUGGUGCUUUUGUCCUUGGUAGUUGUUGCCCUUUAUGUAAUAAAAAAGAGAAAAGCAAAGGAAGAUAAUAAUAUUCCUACAAGUACUAAACCUAAUAUGACUACUAGCACUUCUUCCGGUGGUGCCACCACCAAAGAUAGCGCGGUGGAGGUAGAUGUAGCCCCCAAUUCAAGCCAAUCAUCUUCAGUUUCGAGUAAGAGGAGCAACUCAAGUAAGAGAGGUGGCUCAACAAAAGGCGGUAGUGGUGGUGCUAUGGGGGAUUUAACUAUGGUGAAUGAUGAGAAGGGGGUGUUUGGGUUGGCGGAUUUGAUGAAAGCAUCGGCGGAGGUCUUAGGAAAUGGCGGUAUGGGAUCGGCUUAUAAGGCAAUCAUGGCUAAUGGAUUUGGGGUGGCAGUGAAGAGGAUGCGUGAGCUAAAUAGAUUGGAAAAGGAUGAAUUUGAUGUAGAGAUUAGGAAGUUGGCUAGUUUGAGACAUAAAAAUGUUUUGACUCCUUUGGCUUAUCAUUACAGGAAAGAAGAGAAGUUAGUGGUUUAUGAAUAUGUUCCUAAAGGAAGCUUGCAUUAUAUUCUACAUGGUGAUCGGGGGACUUCACAUGAAGAACUUAAUUGGCCAACACGUCUAAAAAUCAUCAAAGGAAUAACAGAAGGGCUUUGUUAUCUUCACUCUCAACUAAGCACAUAUGAGUUACCUCAUGGUAACCUAAAAUCUAGCAACAUUAUGAUCAAUGUGGAAAACGAACCAUUAAUCUCAGAUUAUGGUUUUAAUCCAAUGACUAACCCUAACGUCGCGACACAAGCAUUAUUUGGGUACCGAUCACCAGAAAUGAUACAACACCAAGCAAAAGUAUCUCCUAAAUGUGAUGUAUAUUGCUUAGGAGUUGUCAUACUCGAGAUUCUUACGGGCAAGUUUCCAUCCCAAUACCUUAACACAACAAAGGGUGGCACCGAUGUUGUGCAAUGGGUGGCAUCAGCUAUAGAAGAAGGCAGAGAAGCAGAAUUGCUAGAUCCUGACAUUAUUGGAUCGCAGUCCACGAGUUCUAAGGACAACAUGGUGAAGAUGCUUCACAUUGGGACUUCUUGCACUCAAUCUAAUUGUGAUAAAAGACCAAGUUUGAUUCAAGUUAAGGAGAGAAUACAAAGGGUUGAUGUUUAAUUUAGGAUGGUGAUGGUCUACGUUUCCGGUGUAUAAAGAGCCACGAGGGUAGUAGUAAUGUAGACGGAAUUUAAUUCCAAGUAAGAUCAUUGACAGGGUAGGGCUAUUGAAAUAUUGUAUGUGUAAGGUCGUGUUUUGUGCUUAAUUGUAAAUUUCAUGGGAUCUUAAUGGAUUUGUAUUUUACAUU